AUGUACUUUCUUUUGCUAGCUGGGAUCAUUUGGGGAAUCACAAAUCCACUUCUGAAACGGUAUAGCGGUGGAAUGUCGGUGGACUCCUCCUCGUUUCUGGAGGAUCUUCGCUUCCUUGCUUCACGACCAAAGUACCUAGCCGCACAAUUAGCGAAUCUCAGCGGUUCCGUUUUUUUCUUUGCGGGGCUUCCCAGUGCUGAUGUGGCGGUGGGCAGUAUUGUGGCCAACUCCCUCGCCUUUGUCAUCACAGUGUUAGUGAGCGUUCUCGUGCUACGAGAGGGUACGCUGAAGCCGCGGACUCUUGUGGGGUGUUCACUGGUAGUAGUAGGAACAUCGUUGUGUGGGAUCGCAUCAUCAUCAUGA